AUGUCCUUUUUUUCCAAUAUUAGCGGUACCGACGGAUUGGUCGGCGAAAAUUGGGCUGGAUAUGUGAAGAAAUGCAGUUAUCUCCCAACAUCGUCAUAUCCUGAUGAUCCAUUUAUUGGAAGACACGACGAGAGCAACGUGAAAAAGCUAGCCAAAAAACAUCGAGACGAUCGUGUUGAGAAGGUGAAAAUUUAUGGUGACGGCCCUUUGCAUGUGUUCGUCAUGAUCGAAUCCACCAAUUAUUGGUGGUCGUUCGAGAAGAACACCGAAUGCAUUCUGGUGCAAGUCUCAAGGCAACGUUGGCAUGUGGUUGAUAAGAAGAUAACAAGGAGAAGGGACGUCGUUGAGCGCAUCAAACAGAAGGAAUGCGCAUCAUCGACGAUGUACGGCGUCCUGAUGUGGCUGAUCAACUCGAAACAACUCGACAAAGAAUAUGAUGUCAUUUCAAGCAACUGCCGCCAUUUCGCCAAUGAAUUAUGCUUCUCGAUCGCCUGCUUCGAGUUCGACGCGCCGCAAUUGCGAAUGAGCGCGUCGGUGUUGGACGACAUUCAAUUACGGACCAUCGAGUCCGUCAAGACGUGCUAUUUCCGGUUGACCUAUUAUCCGGCGGCAAGCGGCCAACACGAGCGACUGGCACGAUUGCACAUGUCGGCGGGCCAUCUCGAUGAGAUGUCGCAGAACAUCUACCAGUCCACCGGCGGACCAUUUCAGGAGCUCGAGUGCGGCCUUCAAGAAUCGACGCUGUCGUGUUUUUGCAAUUUCGACAACUGCAACAAUGUGGCGAAUUGGACGAUAUACGCCAAAUCGAUUGAGACGUUUUACUCGAUCUAUCCGUACGCGACGAUGAUUGGCUAUGCGUCGAAUCGGAAUUACAAUGCGACGGCCAUCGAGAUUCUCGAUUUUCUCCAACUUGCCACGAAUCGCUGGAACGUCGCCAGAACGCGCUAUUUGGAGGCGUCGAGUCGGCCGGCGGCGCGACGAAAGCGAGACGUCGAUGAUGACGUCGACGAUUCGAUGAAAAUCCCAUUUUUGAGCUUCUAUUUGCUCACGUUUACCAUUUUGAACGCGAUCACAUGCUUUUUGAUGUACAAAAUUUGCGCAAGGCUUCCGCAAUUGCAAAUUCGACGGGAUUCGACGACGGAAAACGCGAGAUAUUUGCUGCGAAAUCGAAUCGAACUCAACAAUGAAUAA